AUGUCAUUACAAAGGAAAAUUAACCCUGGGGCACGAAAAAGAACUUCAGAAGGUCAUUAUCAGAAUAAUCUCUUAGCCUCUAAAGUAACACAAGACCGGAAUGACUCAAAGGACAUUUCAGAAGAACAUGGACAAAACAGUUCUGAUGAUUAUGAACACACUGAGGAGCAAAUAGAAGAGGACUUUAACAUAGCAAUGAAAUUCUUUGAGGAAGGCCUCAUGGAGAAUAAAUGGAAGAGAGACAGAACUUUGGGAAAACACUUGAAAUCUGUGGAAAAUAUGGCUCAGAAGAAUGGGUUGGCUCCGGAAGGAAUUGACAUUCUAUUAAAUGUGGCACUCAGUGGCAAAUUUGGAACUUCCAUAAGUACUCGGAUAUUAAAGUGCAUGAUUCCAGCAACCCUAAUAUCAGAAGACUCUGUGGUUAAGGCUGUCUCCUGGCUUUGUGUUGGGAAGUGUUCUGGUAGCACCAAGGUACUUUUUUAUCGUUGGUUGGUUGCAAUGUUUGACUUCAUUGAUCACAAGGAGCAAAUUAAUGUGCUCUAUGGCUUCUUUUUUGCUUCAUUGCAGGAUGAUAAACUAUGCCCGUAUGUCUGCCGUUUGUUAUAUUUACUUACCAAAAAGGAGAACGUUAAACCAUUUCGUGUGCGAAAAUUGAUUGAUCUGCACGCCAAAAUGGGUAUGCGGCCUCAUCUCCUGGCUUUGUUGUCACUGUAUAAGUCCUUUGCUCCUACUUUGAUUUCUGUGCCUUUGCCUAUAAAGAAGAUGUAUUUUAAGAAUUCAGAAAAUCUUUGGAAGACAGCUCUACUUGAUGUGAGGCAAAGGAAUCAGAAGCCUUCCCCAGAACCUCUAAAUUUGUUAUUGGGUUCAUCUAAAGUCCAUCCUAUAAAAAGAGAACAGAAUUCUCACUCAGUUGUACCAGAGCUAAAUUGCAGUAGGUGCAGUGAUGAAUAUGGAAAAAGAGGGAUGAGUUCUUCUAAAUAUCUUUGUCACAAAGAACCAGUUAGACUAGAACAACUAAGAAGCUUCCCAGAACUCUUGGAGAACAUCCAUUGCUUAGAGCUGCCAUCUCAGAUGGGUGCAGCGCUGAACAACUCUCUGCUUCUUCACUAUAUUAACUGUGCCAGAGAUGAGUCAGUCUUACUGAGGUUCUAUUAUUGGUUGAGUCAAACACUGCAAGAAGCGUGUAUUUCGUACAAGAUGAAUAAUUAUGGAAAUGAAAAAGAAUUUACCGACUUCCUGGAUACUAUUCUCAAGGCAGAAUGCUUCCUUCAAGAAGGGUUUUGUUCUUGUGAAACUUUCCUGUAUAAGAACCUGCCUCUCUGGGAUGGUCUCUAUUGUUCAUCACAGUUCCUUCAACUUCUAAGCUGGACUCCUAUUAGUAACUUCUCUGAGCUGAAACCACUUAUUUUUGACCAUCUAGCACAGAUCUUCUUUACAUCACCCAUUGAUUUCAAGUGUAAUGUUCUUCAAAGCCUGAAAGAGCUACUACAGAAUUGGUUGCUGUGGCUUUCUGUGGACAUCCACACGAAACUUAUGAGCAGUCCUCUAGAGACAACGUUAGGUGAAUCCAUGAGCUCUGUGGCUAAACUGAUUCACUAUGUGGGCUGGCUGUCCACCAAUGCAGUGCGCUUGGAAAGCAACCACACUGUCUUAUUGCAUUUCAUUUUGGAUUUCUACAAGAAGGCAUGUGACAUAUAUAUCAAUUAUAACCUUCCAUUGUUGGUGGUAUUUCCUCCUGGUGUCUUCUAUUCUGCACUCCUCAGCAUAGAUUCCAGUAUCCUAAACCAGCUCUGUUACAUUAUGCACAGGUAUCAUAAAAAUUUGACUGCUGCCAAGGAAAAUGAGUUGUCACAACAGACCAAAUCAGAGUUCAAUAUCAGUAGCAGAACCUACCAAGAAUUUAAUCAGUAUUUAACAGCCAUGGUUGGUUGCCUGUGGACAUCCAGACAACUCCAGGAAGGAAUCUAUAUUGAGCCUGAAAUCUUAAAGAAAGCUGGAAUAGCAGAGCAUAAACAUUGUUUGAAUUUAGUCCAUCACCCUGCUCUACUGAGUUAUGCUGCUGCCUUUCUGCUACAGGAACUUCCAGAAGAAACGACAGUAGACACCAACUCUAUUCGGGGAAAGAAAUGGAACGUGUAUUUGAACUAUUUAUUUUCAGAGGGUUUACAAGGCUUAAAACUUUUCAUAAGAAGUAGUAUUCAGCGUUCUUGUGUCUAA